ACUUGCCAUCGGACGCACGUUGCGAUCAACUUACCCGGAACACCGUCUUCAAUCCCAAGCUUAUGAAGAUACGCGGGGGAGUUUACAGUCUAAAAUGGAAUACAAACCAGGAUCACCUCCACCUGUUCACAAUGUGCUCCGACCCCAUCAUAUCGACGUUUUCGCGAUGAUCUUGCUCGCGUUCAAAGAGUUCUAUGGAAAACUCCCAUCGAAAUUUCUGCUCUACAUCUAUAGAUUUCUCAUUCUUGAGGUUAGCGAGGCCGUUCAGCCAGCAACUCAUCAGGAGACCGUGGAUUUCUUAAAGGGAGCACCACAAAUAAACAAUUUGAACGUUCAGAAUUAUAUACUGGCGUUCGAGUCUGCGCCAAAGCAGUUGACAAGCGUCGCCCAGUUCACUAGCUUUUUUCACAGUGCUCCUCCAAUAUAUACCGACAAGAGUGGGGACGAGUUUCGUCGAUCACCGUUCGGCUUUUUCUGUCGGCGAUGUUAUGUAGCUUAUGCCCGGCUUUCUUUCUAUGGUGACUACCAAUCCUGGUGCGCAGGUGACACCAAAGCAGGAUGUGGUCCCGUUGAAAAAGAUCUUCUGACCGGAGAUGUUUGGUUGUUCACAACUAUGAGCGAUUAUGGUUUAACGGCACACCCGGAACCUUUCGAAGUAUGGGAAAAGGGUCGUGACACCGGCGAUGAUGUCAUUGGACCUGAGAACUUGCGGAGGUACUUCGAACAAAUGUUUCACACCAACAACGAUUCUGGAAUACGUCAAAACGCCUUGUUAAACCUUAUACGUAUGCAUUAUGUACGCAAAGAGUAUGCUGCUGCAAGCAAGCUAUUACAAGAAGCAAUCUCGGUUGCACGUACUUGUGGGGACCGCAUUACAUUGCAGCACUGUAUCAGUAUGCUCCACCGGUUGCCCACAUCAAGUGGUGUACCAGUGCUGAAUGAAAUUCAGCCUGACCUUCACCCGUUUGAGGUUUUGUAUGAUGUAGCGAAAUUGCUUCAGCCACAGAGCGGUCAACCGUUAACUCUUGCCUUUGAGAAGCUUUCGCAGGCUAUUGGACUAUACAAUAGUUGGGUUGAUCUGAAAAAAAUUUCUCCCCAUGAACGAGAGCGUCUUGGUCUGCAUGCAAUGCAAGCGGUAUUGUGGAGUGCUCUGGGGUGUCACAGCCUUGCUAAGGUGGAGGAAUCGAUCAUACAAGCAUUUUCGCGCUGGGGAGAUGACGAUCCAAAUCGACUCAACUCUGUUUUAAAUCAAGCUUACAGAAUGGCAAGGAACGGCUUGUAUCAGGAUGCUCUGACGCUACUGGUACAGCCUCGCACAUGGCGUGGUCUAUCAUUAGACCUCUAUCAGGAAUGGGCAAACAUGAUAUGGCACAUAUUGGCGUUGAGAACUAGCCGGAGAGGGCAGCGUCGGCUUUUCCAUGACUUUUUACUUCCUCGGCAACCAUCAACAUCAACAUUUGUUUCAAAGGAGUAUUUUUUCGACGACAGCCCAACCCCGCUACCACCAAUGAGCGAUGAGCUGCACCAGGUCAUGAGUGCACGGCGGCAUGGACAAGCUGUUACAGCGAUCCAACCUCUGUUACAGUCCCUUUGGAACUCUGAGUUUCAAGGGAGGUUUCCCUUGUAUAGGCUGGGCAUCGUUCUGCUAGCGGACGCUGGUCUUGGGUUUGGCAUGUCCAAGCAUUGCCAGUCUUUGAUAGAGGGAAUAUUACCUCAACUUCUCCCUGGUCAUGAUGUUGAACACCGUGCACUCGCCUGCUACACCUUAGGCAGAUGUAUCAUUGCUUCCUCUGAUGCUGAACCAGCGAAACUAAGAAGUGCUCUGCCUCAUCUCCUGAUGGCAGAGAAUGACUACGUACACCUCGAAAUGUUCGAAGCAGCCUCCGAUGUUCAGUGGUUGUUGAUGGUCGUGUACCAUAAUCUUGGGAUGACAACAGAGGGGGCAGCCGUGUACGAGCGGUACAAUUGUUCUACUGCAAGGAUAAGGAUGUACGAGGAGAGCCCUGUGGACGAAGAAGCAGAGAAAGUGUGGACACUCGUAACAGAUGUCGGGGCUCUGCUGGCAGGAAGAUAACUUGAUCUGGGUAACGCAAGCAUUCACGUCGGCCUCUAAAUGGUAUUGAUAUACUUUCAUGGCUUCUGCCUCGCAUAGUACGCUAGCAUUACUGGGCACUGGAGUACUCCAUACCAUUGUGUACCAUGUAUCGUCGCAAUACAUUCUCACAUCACAUUACCCACCGGCCUCCGAAGACGUGUACACCACCCACUUGAUGGACUGAUUACGAGCACGGUAAGCAGCCACUCAGUCUUCAGUGUUUACCUCCUAUUAUCACGACAAAUGACUCACCCAAACUUGAGGGCACUCUCUGGAAUUUUUGUGGUUCCGCGUCAAAAUCUGGUCCGAACACA